UAAGGGCACCAGUCUGGUUUAGUCACUGUCGUGUAGCCUAGAAAAGGGACAAGUAAAAGGACGGCAAGAAAUGGACCAGUGGCACGUAUGUGAGUAGAGCUUUCUAGUUUCUAGCAUUUAGAGAGAGAGAGAGAGAGAGGAACAGAGCUGGUAGCUAGUCCUGCGUUUUUCUUUGAUUGGGGAGACGAAAAUGGCGAAUUCUGAAGAAAAGAUGGCUCAAAACCUGACUCAAGGAACAGAUGGAGUUCUCUCUGUGGAGCUUCCUGCACCUCCUUCUUGGAAGAAAUUGUUAAUGCAUAGUGGAGGCAAGGUUGUGUUUAUUGCUCCCACUGGGGAAGAGAUCACUAGCAAGAGACAGUUAAGCCAGUAUCUGAAAUCACACCCUGGUAAUCCUGCACCAUCCAGCUUUGAUUGGGGUACUGGUGAUACUCCAAGAAGAUCUGCAAGGAUCAGUGGAAAGGUCAAGGCCAAUCCCUCCCCUUCAGAGACCGAGAUGCCCAAGAAACGACGUAGAAUGUCAUCUGGAAGAAAGGAUAGCCAGCAGGAAACCGGUGAAACUGAGAGCGUGGAGAUGAAAGAUCUGGCAGCUUCGAACGAAGAGGGUGUGAAAGAAGUCGAAACUCCAAAUGUUGAAUCCACUGAACAUGAGGGUGUGGAGAAAGGAAAUAUAACCACACAGAUUCAAGGUGAAACUGAAGAUAAUAAUCUGCAAGAUGGCGCUGAAAAGGAAAAUGCAUCAGAGGUUGAGGUCGAGGUUGGGGGAAACGCUAAUGGAAACGACGGGACAUCCUGGGAGGCAAAUAAGACUGAACAAGUUUCAAGUGCAGAAGGUAAAGCUGAAGGGAAACUGGGAUCUGGAGAAGCCCCAGAGAAGGAGAGUUCUGCUGCAGUGGAAGAUGAAACGAAGGAAAUCCAGGAAAACGAUAGCGAAUUGAAGUUGCAGGAAGAGAAGGCCGGAAAUAGUAGGAAUGGGUUGGUCCAGGGGUUCGCGAAUACCCCACACCAUCCCUCUCCUGCACCAAUUAGCUGCUAAACACAACAUGUUUAUCUAGAUUGUGUCCAGUCUCAUCUGCAUUGUAUUGUUCAUCCUUUAUAAUCCUUUUGAUUACUGUAAUAUUAAUGAGACUAUCAGUGGUAGGCUUCGUUGUUACUUGUUAGGAUAUUACCUUUAUAGGACUUUCUAUGUUUCUGCCAUAGCCAGCUAUGUGAACUUAUGUGUUUGUAGUAGAUAUACUGACUUGCAAUACUUGUGCA